UCGAUUUGGCUGGUGGAGGGAACCAGAACUUCCACUCACUUCCAAAACAACAUCAGUCAGUUCCAUGCGAUAUCUCAAGACGGUCGGAAGCUCUCCGGUGCAGAUAUACCUACUUAUUGGGGUCUGCUUAGAAUCAUUGGUGGAAUCGCAUCUUGUGUUAGGGUUAGGGGCAAUGGGAUUAAAUUUGUGAAACCGCAAAGGUUGUUUGUGCAACAUUUGGUCGUUUGAAUGUUUCAAUGUUCACCUGAAAUUGGUGUCAGUGAUUAACUUCUUUUUUUCUAUUGACGUUCACUGGUGCAUUGAACAUUGAUGUGAACCUCGGCCAUCGGAAGUGACCAUAAUUAGUGGCUAACCCCGUCCAAGUGCAACCGAUUUGAGUCACGCUGCCUUAGAGAAGGUGAAGUGUGUCUACAGCAAUUUUUGGUCAUCUUGAGCCGAACCGGUCCGAAAGCCAAACACCACCGAUACGCUCCAGCAGUUUGCGGAAUACCUGCUGAGUACAUCUGGCUGGGUAGUUGAAAAAAUUUCCUUCUAAAGGUUCAACGAUUAGCUUCCUCAUAGCAGCAGCAGCAGCAGCAGCUGAAAGUUUGACACCAUGGACCCGGACAGCGUCGUCUACAGCAAUUGCAAGAAUCCCGCCAAAUAUGAAGCGUACCAUUGCACCUUGGGACCGAAGCUGCUGAAACGGGCCAAAUCGGAACUUCGGGAGGACAACUACAUCCGGGAGCAGUCGUUGGCACAGAUGCGAGAAUGGAUCGCCAAAAAUCCAAACAUUAAAAAAUGUCGCACAGAUCCGCUGUUCCUGUUGCGGUUUCUUCGCACGAAAAAGUUCUCGGUCCCGCUGGCCUGUGAAAUGUUGGAGAAAUAUCUUUCCAUCCGGCAGAGUUAUCCCCGCUGGUUCCAGAACUGUGACAUCGACGAUCCGGAACUGGAAGCCAUCAUCGACGGUGGAUACAUUCUUCCACUGCCACAGCGUACCGAAAAUGGCCAGCAAGUGAUUCUAUCGAUUGCCGGAAACGUUGAUCUGAACAGAGCUAGCUCCGCCAAUCUGGCUCGGGCUCACUUCCUGGUGCAGGAAGUGUUGGCCGACGAUGAGGAGGCACAGAUUUCCGGCUACAUCAAUUGCGUCGACGAACGAGGACUGUCGAUGAAGCUGAUGGCCCUCUGGUCCCUGGUGGAUAUCAAGAAGGUCGCCGAAUGCAUACAGAACGCUAUCCCGUUGCGCAUUCGGUCCUUCAUGUUUGUCGGAUUACCUUCUUCGGCCGUUACGUUGCUGGAGUUUUGCGUCAGUCUGUUGAGCGAUAAGUUGAAGAAGAGAAUUAACCUGUACCGCACCAUCAACGAUCUCUCGUCCAAGGUGGACAAGAGCAUCCUGCCGGAGGAAUACGGUGGAACCGCUGGCCCUCUGGCCGCGAUGCUGGACCAGUUCAAGGAACGGUGCCGCACCAAACGGGCCCAGCUGAUGGCCAUGGACGAGAUGCAGAUCGAAAUCACCAAGGGUUCCGCCUUCUGGACCGACACCUGCCGGGGCGAUCUGGACAGCGGGAUCGUGGGCAGCUUCCGAAAGCUGGAGGUGGAUUGACGUGCGAAGGGGGGAAAAGGCGGCUGGAGGAUUCUGUUUAUAAACAAUAUUUUUGUACAAUUGAUAGUGAAGUGAUAUUUUUUUUUUCGUUCUUGAUCUAAACGAUGUAACACCCUCUCUUUUGAUUUUUGAAAUCGAGGAACAUGUUUCAUGCUAUUACAAUAGUGGCUCAAGGUGAACAUACUAUACAUAUAUUUAACACAUUCGUAAUGUUGAAGACAAUUUUAAAUAAACAUACAAAACGUCCUGUUAGUUUGGAA